GCAAACCAUCCUGAGAUUCUCUAAACCUGUGGAUAGUCUGUUUAGCAUUCUGACCGUCUUCAAUAUUAUAGUAUAGUUCUUUGUUAUUUCUUUCUUCACCACCACCACCACUUGAAUUCUUCUCCAAAACUAGAACAAUGGCCAUGUCAAUGUCAGCAAUCGGAUUCGAAGGAUACGAAAAGAGACUAGAGAUCUCCUUCUUCGAACCGGGAAUCUUCUCCGAUCCUCAAGGAAAAGGUCUACGACAGUUGUCCAAGUCUCAACUCGACGAAAUCCUCACACCUGCAGAAUGCACUAUCGUCAGCUCCCUGUCGAACAAAGAACUGGACUCAUACGUCCUCUCAGAAUCCAGCCUCUUUGUCUAUGCUUACAAGAUCAUAAUCAAAACUUGCGGAACAACCAAGCUGCUUCUCUCAAUCAAACCGAUCCUUGAACUCGCUGAAACCCUAUCUCUAAAUGUUCGAUCGGUUAGGUACACUCGCGGCAGCUUUAUAUUCCCAAGUGCUCAGUCUUACCCUCAUCGCGAUUUCUCUGAAGAAGUUGAAGUUCUCGACGGUUACUUUGGCAAGCUCGGUUCAGGCAGCAAGGCUUUCGUUAUGGGUAACUCAGACCAGCCCGAUAAAUGGCAUGUCUAUUCAGCAUCAGCCGAAUCCGAUUUGAUUAAACAAGAGAAACCAGUUUACACUCUAGAGAUUUGCAUGACGGGUCUGGAUAGGAAAAAGGCAUCAGUCUUCUACAAGACCGAUUCAUCAUCUGCUUCUGUUAUGACUGAAAAGUCUGGUAUUAGUAAGAUUCUACCAAAUUCCAAAAUCUGCGAUUUUGAAUUCGACCCGUGUGGGUAUUCCAUGAACGCUAUUGAGCAAAACGCCAUCUCGACCAUUCAUGUGACUCCGGAAGAUGGGUUCAGUUACGCUAGCUUUGAAGCGGCUGGGUAUGAUUUCAAGAGUGCUGAGUUUGAUUUGAACCGUUUAAUGGAGAGGGUUUUGGUCUGUUUCGUUCCUACUGAAUUUUCAGUUGCUCUCCAUUGCGGUGGUUCUGGUUUGGAACUUGAUGAAGUGAGUGCGAAUCUUGGUGCGGCUGGGUAUGUUUGUUCAGGUACUAGCUGCGGGUCUUUGGGAGAAGGAGGAAGGGUUCAUUAUCUGAGCUUUUCGAUGAAAGGAAGCUGUGGGUUCGGGUCUCCAAGGUCGAUUCUGAAUGGUUGCUGGAGUGGCAGCGAGAGCGAAGAAGAUGAGAAAAUGAUGAAGAAUUAAUUGAUUUGGUUAUAUUGGCUGGUUUUUAGAGUGAAUAAAAUGGCUGGUGGUGAUGAUGAUGCCAUCUUUCUUUUUCUAUUAUUAUUAUUAUUGCUGUUUUAUUUGUGUAAUGUGAUUUUCAUUUUCGGUGUUGUUUUCUUUAAUAAUAAUGUUAUGUUGGAAAAUAACAGCUUGGGAUAUGGCUGGUAAUGUGAUGAACACUUUGUUAUUGUUUUGCUUUCCAUAAUAAUAAUAAUAAUCAU